CUGUAGAAACAAGAGCCAUUGUGAAUGCAGCAAGGAAUUCAUUUACUCGACUAUUUUGACAGAUUGGGGCGAUAUUACGAGAAUGUGUCCAUAAGGCCUGAUGUAGGAUUUAGAGAAAGAAACUCUUUGGUACGGUUGUUAGGGCGUGGCCUGAGCAAGGUGCUAAGAACUGGGUCCGAAACAGCUCCAUCAUCCCCACAGGAGCUGAUGAUUUCACUACAGACACAUAUACUGGAGUUUACUCAGAGGUUACACAGUGUGGAGGUUGAGAGAAGGUCCCUGCUGCAGGAAGUUAGUCGGCUACAGGAGGAGGUUGAAAGGCUUGGACCUGAAAGAGAGGAACUUGUGACAGAGGGAAAUGAUAUAGCCAUUACACAACAGGGCAACAAGUAUGUACCUAUAGAGAAGUUUGAGAGUGUGUGUAUAGAGUUGAAUAAUGCACUUCGUAGGGAAGAGCAGGCACAGAACUUGUUACAAGAACAGGGGAGACAAUUAGAGGAACUCUCUGCUAGAAUGGAUAUAUUCUCAUCUGAGGGCAUGGAGAAAGAACAGACUCUGUCAGAGGCCAUACAGGGAUUAGCUGAGACAAAGUUAGAGUUACGACGUAAAGAACAGACUGUGAGACAGGUAAACAAACAACUUGCAGCACUAGAAGGGGAGAAGGAAUCAUUGCGGAAUAAUUUACAAGAUGCUGAGAAAGCUCUCAGGACUGUUGCCAAAGAUAAAGAUAUACUUACCUCAUAUAUACAGACAGUGGAAAAUGCUCUUGUUAGAACAAAGCAUGAUUUAGGUGGGAAGAAUGGUAAAGAUGUUUCGUUGUCAAAAUUGUUACUCAAUGCUGAUUUUAUACCUAAAGACGUUGGCAAGGCUGGACCUGAACUUAUAGCAUGCCAGAAUCUAGUUGGAGCAUUUGUUGACUGUCAACAUCAUUUAGAGAGUAAGAUGAGAAGUUUGGAAGAGGGAAAAGGGAGAACAGUAAACGUUCCAUGUUUUAUAUUAAACUGA